AGUUCCAAGUUACAGAGGCUGUUUCUUUACUAACAAUGCACUGAAUGUAUUUUGUUAUAGAUUAAGUUCACACUUUUUGCCAUUGAAACUGAUAGCAAUUACACUUUGAAUCAUUAAACAAACACUUCCUUAAAUCCACCUGCAAAACCUGUGAAGAUAAGACCUUGCUUUACAACCAGGCGGUCAUAGUUCAGUCUGUGUGGUUAUCCACCAGUGAUAUAUAACACAUACUUUGACAGUAUUCUUACGAAACGCCCGUUUCCGUCUGUUUUCUGGUAAGACACACCUGUGCCACACCGACCAGGUGCCCAGCCAUGGUUAAAAUGUGUUUCGGAUCAAUAUUUCAGUCUAAUUCUAACAAAUAUCAUGUGAAUGAUUACACCAUAGAUUAGAAAGAUCUAUUCACGCUGGGUGUGUUUUGAUAUCAGACAUCGGUGCAUGUGAAAUGGAAAAGAUUAGUUGGGAUAGGAAGGAAAUUACGGCUUUGCAGUUUCUUUUAGCUCUGCUACUUCAACUCAUUUUUCUCAGAGCUUCAUCAUGUGAUAAAUGUGCUAUUGAUGCUUCAGUUCACCCCAUGACCCCCAGAAGUGGCUUCAAACAGUGCUCGAAUGCCAUUUGCCAAAAUGUUGCUUGUGAGCUCGCAGCGCCGUAUGCAUCCUGGAUUGGAUCUCAUAGCAUCAGUUUGACCUGGGAGUCCCUGAAUCAGUCUGAUGUGGUGUUUGUUCCCCAGUGGACCAGUCCCAGUUUGUCCGGGAUUUGGGCACAAGCUGAGAAUGUCACUGAAUCUUCAUACACAGUUGAACAGUUGGAACCUUACACCUACUAUACGUUCAGGGUCUGGGCUGUGAUAGCAGAAACACAAGCUUGUUCUCCAGCAAGCCCUUGGUACCAAACCAAACCUUUUGGAUUGCCUUCUAGUCCAUCCAUCGAGAAUGUUGAGAGCAUCUCUGGAGAAAGUGUGGAGGUUCGCUGGACUCCACCUGAGAAACCACGAGGACCAAUCUUGGGAUUUAACCUCAACCUCACAUCCAAUAAACACAAGAUCAGUGCAGCAACCGGAGGAAAUGUUUUCUCCAACACAUUCUACCCAACAUUCCAUAACACUACAUACAGGAUCUCCAUAGCUGCUGUAAAUGAAGAGGGCCAGGGUUCAGUUGCUGAAGCUAGCAUAACAACACCAGCACAAGUUGGGCAGGACGGAGGCCGCUGGGUCUUUGCAUCCAGAUGGAGCUCUUUAAGGAUGAGAGAAGAGGAUGCCGAUUUCUUCACAACAGCACAGUGUCUCUCAGACAGUCGAAUCGAGGGCAACAUCACAGGGGUGGCCGUGCAUUACAAUUCCAACCAUGUCUACUUCUCAGAGGGGUCUCGUAUCUGGGUGAAAGGGGCUGGGAAUCUCACUGACCACUCAGAUCUCAAACUUCUGCACACUGCCCCGCUGGAGGUCACAGCGUUGACUGUAGACUGGCUUUAUCUGAGGAUUUACUAUGCUUCUGGUGGCAGGAUUCACUAUUGUGGAUUAGAUGACUGUUUGUCUCCAGUGGAUACGAACGUCAACCUUUCUAGUGAUGCUGUAAAUAUAAUCGCAGAUCCAUAUAACGGAUGGCUGUACAUGUUGCUGAGCACUGGGAUAUAUCGCAGUCCUCUUCCAGACGUCUCUAGCCAACAACAAGAGAUAAGUCACAUCAUUAAAAUGCCUUCUGUCUCCAACUUUGUGGUCAGUUUUCCUAAUAAGAGAAUUGUUUAUCAUGACAGAAGUGAUCAAACGCUCAACGCCACAUCUCUGGAUGGAUUAUUUCCCAUUACUCUGUACACAAAUGUUAACUUUGAAGCAAACAGUAUCGUUUAUGAGGACAAUUUCUUCAUGCUCACCAAUGGAUAUGCAGUGUAUAAACAAGUCGGCCAGAGUCAAGUGCCCACUUUUUUUGAAUUUGCUAUGGACUGUGAUAUCAUCCAUAGUGAAAAUGGUGGAUUUGAUAAUCUGUGCUACUUUAGCACAUCUGCGCAACUGUAUCCUGUGCCAAGAAAGCCAAAAGACCUUCAAGUCCUGUUUGGAUCAGAUAAAGCUUAUGUCUAUUGGAAUAAACCUGAAAGUAUGAUGGGAGCAAGUCCAUCUGCCUGGCAAAACUGGACUUAUGCUAUAAACUGCACAAUGAAUGGUCUGGUGGUGAUGAGUAUUAGAGAAGUAACCAGCACAUAUGCGACUGUCCCAGAUCUGCAGAGUUCACAGCACUAUAAUGUGACAGUCAGGGCUUGUUCUCCUGGAGGAUGUUCCAGAUCAUUGUCAUAUGAAGGAACCACUCUUCAUCCUGCUGAUGAGCCCCCAUACAUUGCUGCUGCCAGUGAUGGUGACAUAUUGAAGCAAGAUUUGGAUAACAUUGAAUUUAUGGAACAAAUUGUGUCUUUGAUUGGAGAUGUGAAAGACAUGGACUGGUAUAAUUCUACAAUCUACUGGACUAACAGUUCUGGCCACAUUAACUGGUUUGAUCUGAAUAAUCGGUCUUUGAGUGUGAUGACGAUGCCCUCAACACCAGUGCAUGCUGAAGCUCUGGCCUUUGACUGGCUGGGACAGUACCUGUACUGGAGCUGCAACACAAAUCAAAUAUGCCGAGGGUCUACAUCUGGUCAGGCAGUUGAGAUAUUUCUCCAGGCAGACCAGAAGAUUCUCAGUCUGGUCAUCGAUUCAUUGAAUGCUGCCAUCUACUGGACCACUGAAACAUCAGUAGAGGCCUGUAGACUGGAUGGAGAAGGUUUCCAGCUCCUGGAUAAACUGAGUGUGUUCUCUGGCAAAGAGGUUGCUGGUGUCACUUUAAACAUGAUUGAAGGAAAUCUGUACUGGUUGGUUCAGGACGGCUCUCUGCUGAAUCUCUACAGAGUGAAUAUCAGUGGUGACAGGAUGCAAAAAUCCAAAGCAGUAGAAUUUGCAAAAUGGACCACAUCUCAAAUCUUCGAUCAUCAAGUUAGCUACUACAGUGAACGACUUGUUUGGCUGGAUGAAAACAAACAGCUCAGGAUUCAAGAGUUGAACCAAAACAACAGUGUCCUUAUGUCUUCCAAUAAUACACUGACAGCCUUUUCUGUUGUACAGAAAAUGCUGAAGCCCCUUCCAGAUGGAUUUGUAUCUCCUCCUGUGGUUAUUCCACCUGCAGUUUCCAAAAUUGUCCUCGUAGGCAAUGCUUCCUUUUUCCAGAUCCAUUGGGAACCCAGCAGUGUUGAUUAUGGAACUGUGUUUUAUUGUGUGGUGUCAAAGGAGGUGUGGAAAAAUUUGGAUCCACUUCCAAAUAUGUUCCCGACCAGAUAUUGUCAUCCUGUUAAUACGUUCACAGAGACAGUCAUAAAUGUCACAAGAUUUAAACCAGGGGCUGAAUUAAACAUCACCAUAACCCCUUUUUCAUACUGGGGUAAAGGGAAAUCAACAGAAACUAUUCUCAUUACUCCAGCAGGUACAUCAGACACCGACAAGACACUGAUUAUUGCAAUUGUAUCAGUCGCCGUUGGUGUCACACUGAUUAUUCUCAUCCUCGCAGUAGUCAUUUGGCAAAGACACCAUAAGAAAAAGGAUCAUGGGAAAGCUAAACAACCAUCCAGUGUGCAGAUCCAUCCAGACGUGGAGUUAGAGUAUGUUCGAGGGUUAGUUGGGCUUGAGAAUGGCUGCUUUGCUAUCAGUAACACACCCAGCCGAGCAGAGAUCGAGUCGCUCCCUGUGUUUCCCAGAGACUGUCUGAAGCUGCAGAGGCUGUUGGGUAGUGGUGCUUUUGGAGAAGUUUAUGAAGGAGUUACUGUUGGGAGCCAAAUCAAUGGAGUUGAGCCAGAGAGGAAAGUGGCCAUCAAGACUCUGCAGAAAGAUGCCAGUGACUAUGAGAAAACUGAAUUCUUAAAAGAAGCUCAUUUGAUGAGUCAGUUUAAUCAUCCUAACAUCCUGCGUCUGCUUGGAGUGUGUCUGCUGAACGAGCCACAUUACCUCAUACUUGAGCUGAUGGAAGGAGGAGACCUUCGUUCUUACCUCAGAGGAGCUCGACCCACAAAUAACCAUAAAGAGCUACUGAGCCUCAGCAGCCUCCUGGACAUCAGCUUGGAUGCCGCCACUGGAUGUGCUUAUUUAGAAAGGAUGCACUUUGUUCAUAGGGAUAUUGCAGCAAGGAACUGCUUGGUGUCAGUAAGAACUUACACAGACCCAGAAAGGGUUGUUAAAAUCGGAGACUUCGGAUUGGCUCGUGAUGUGUAUAAGAACGACUACUACAGGAAGAAGGGUGAAGGUCUGCUUCCUGUUCGCUGGAUGUCACCGGAGAGUUUAACGGAUGGCAUUUUCAAUAAAUAUUCUGAUGUCUGGGCAUUUGGUGUGCUCUUAUGGGAGAUUUUGACAUUAGGAAAGCUUCCAUAUCCCACAUACACCAAUCAUGAAGUCUUAAGCUACAUCAGUACAGGAGGAAGACUGUCAUCACCCGCAGGCUGUCCUCAGAGAUUGUAUAACCUGAUGAUGAGCUGCUGGAGUAAACAACCAGCUGACAGGCCAAACUUCCAGUUCCUCGAGGAAACCAUGAGGAAACUGAGGAAUUAUGAAGCCGAUAAAAGAGCAAACCAGACUGAUGGAGCAGAUGGACAUGUGAACCAAGCCUACCUGGGAGACGAAGAGGAGGUCUGCGCUGGUGUGGAGGAAGAUGAAGAUCUGGAAACUGGACUUUCUCCUGUUCUGAGCAAUGAAGGACUGAAUUAUUUGAUGUAUCGAGCCGAGAGUCUGAACAGUGUACAAUCAGACUCAUCGAAUGGCAGAGAAGAUUAAUAUUGAGUGUCUAAGUGUGUGUGUGGGCGUGCUGAUGUGUGUGUGAGCGAUAGAGUGUUAUAUGUGUAUUUGUGAAAUGUUGCUGUUUUUGCGGGGGUUUGGAAGGAGCCAGAGAACCGACAAAACUUUAAAGGUAUAUUUAUUCAAGGUAUAUAUUUUCCCCAAUUUCUGUUUAAAAGAGAUUUUUUCAACACAUUUCUAAACGUAAUAGUUUUAAUAACUCAUU